AUGUCAGAUGUCAACCACAAUUGCCAGGCCUUUACGUUCUCGACAUUUUCAGAUUCCAAGCAAGGAGGGCUAGAAUCUUCUGUAUACAAGAACUCAGCACCACUAUCUUCAGAGAUGUCAAGGCGAAUCAUCUUCAUAUCCAGAAAAUCUCAGUCAACCUUGUAUGCACAAAAGAAAACUGACGACGAAGCCGUAUUGUCAGAUUUGGAUGCCCGUGUUUUGCAAGAAAUGUUGCGAGGCUCCGAAAAGCUAAAUUUACAAGAUGAGAAGAAUAUGAAAGAUUUGUUGGAUCGCGGAAUCAAGGCAAAGGAACGCGUCAAUACGGAUGAACAAGCUUCUCAAGGCGAAAAUGUGGAAGACUCGGAAUUCAAAUCCGAAGCCUUGCAAAAGUUGGGCUCGACCAAACUGUGGAAGGCCUUCAAACGAAAACUGCAAGAUAGCGUCGAAACUGCCAAGAUUUAUGUCGCCAACAGAAUCGAACGAGAUGGCAAACUGAUUGCAAGCCUUGGUAUUUUUGCGUUUGAGCGUGCCAUAAAUGACGUCUCACGAGCCCUUCCAGCAACCUCGUCGAGCAAAUGGAACCCAAAGAAACAAUUUUUGUUGUCCAAUGUUACCGCCGCACAAGAAAUGACAGAAGCUGAAAAGUUGCGACAAGAAAUGUCGACACCUUUGGACGAAAUUCGAAAUGUGGGACGACAGCUAAAGGAUAUUUUCAGAGGCGUCAGCACGCAACCUGCAGUGCCAGUAGAAGCUGGUACCGAGGCUGAUUUCAAUGACGUGGUCAAGCCCAAGACUACCUUUUCUCGCAACCUGAACAGUGCGGCAGCUACUUCAAAGUACUCCGUCAACGAUAAGGACCGAUUCGACAAGGCUUACAAACGUAAACAGGAAACGACUUUAAAACGGGAGAAGGAAAAUGUCAUUCAAUCGUCAACUCGACUGGCUAAUGAGGUGGCUGAUAAAGCCUAUCAAAUUCGACGCGAAGUUCAAGCCGAAACGAAUGAACCAGGAUACAAGACCAAGGUCAUUCGAGCACAAACGGCUGCCACCAGUCGCCAACUAUCAGCUGGUGCCAAACGAAUUUUGGGAGGAGCCAAGAGUAUCGCCGUGAAAGCUCUAGAAGCCUCCCGAAAAGAAAGGACAGCUCCACUUUUGCCCGAUACAGCCCCUGGUGUUCCAAGGGUGGAUGAAUCGGUUGCCUUGCAGGCAGAUGCUGUUCCAACCAUGUCAGAAGCACAGUUAAUUGCACCGCCCACUUUGGAACGUCUUGAGUUAAUGUAUGAAUUAGAAACGGAAAUGGAACGCGUUUUGGAUCUUCUGGCGAACUAUAUUUCCAGCCCUCAAGAUACUUGGCUCAAUCCAGACUUGGUAUUGCAAAAUGUUGACGACACUGUGGACCAGGAAUUCACAUCCUUUCCCGAUGCAGAGUUGGAAUCAGUGGUGGUUGCCAUGGUACAGGCACAAGCGCUCUUGCAGCAGCCCAUGAGUAACGAAGAUGAACGAGCCAUGAUAUCUACAUUGCAACUUGUGUUACCUUCCAUUUCGGAAGUUUGUGAUACUUCUCUCCAAGCAGGAUCUUCCAUUAUUGCCGAGUAUUUCAAGCAGACAUUGGUAUACGGAGGAGUGCAAAAUGGGGAAAUACCAUUGAUACUGCGACUGGACGACUGCCUUGCCAGGCUGGAAACUUUGGAAGAAGAGCAAAAGCUGACACAAGAUAUUGAAACGGCCAUGAAUUCGGCAACGGAACCCGCUGUGACAAGAGCAGCGCCGUGGUAUGUUGAGGAUCAAGACGAAGUGGUACAAGAAACAAAGCCAUGGUAUGUAGAAGACGGAACAGAGGAUGGUCAGGUUGUCGAAAUCGGAGAGCCCCCCAAAACUGGUGGAUUUCGAAUGCCGUGGCAGCGACAAAAAGAAUCCAAAAAUGUUGAUGACAUUAAAGUUUCAUCCAAUCCGCCUUCAGUUGUGGGCAAGAGCUCUCGUUUCGUGGACGACGUCGAAAUCUUGGAUGCCAUUCCGACCAUGGUUAGACCAGCACAGACUACAAUUGUUGACAACGAGUUCAGCUACACCCAAAAUGUAGUGGCUGCUGCCCAAGAGGCCGCGGAUUCCAUGAGACGUGUGGCAGCCGAAAUUGUAUCCGAUGAUGACUUUGACGUUGCCAUGGGACAAGCGAAGGCCGCGAAAGAGAUUGGAGAAGAAGAGGAUGAUGGAGAAGAAGAGGAAAUUAAUCCAGCUACCAUGUUUGCUCUACGAUUACUCGAUGUUGUAUUGCUGGCGGGUGAAAAGACUGCUGCAGUCUUGCCAUCUUUGAUCAACCUUGGAGGUACUAUCACAGAGCGAGUUGCAAAUGCGAAGGGCAAUGGACUUGGAUCGGAAGGAUGGGAGAUCAUUCAGUCAGCUCAACGCGGAGACAAAAAGUAUUGA